AUGUCAACCCGGUUCGCGCUAAAAUGCGCCAAAGAGUCGGCGGGCACGAUCCCACUGCCCAACAUCUGCAUAGGCACGUGGGCUUGGGGAGAUAACAUGACGUGGUCCAACGCGGGCCCAGAGGCGCGGGCUCUGCUCGACGGAGCCUGGGAGGCGAUGCAGAAGCGCGGUCUCUACUUUGUCGACACGGCCGAGGCCUACGGCCGCGGCGAGUCGGAGCGCAUCAUUCGGCAGCUGCGCGACGGCAACUCGGACGCGGCGUUCAAGGCCCAGCUCGUCAUUGCGAGCAAGUACCUGCCGCUGCCGUGGCCGCCGACCAAGAUCAUGAUGCCCUCGGGCCUGGUCAACAGCUGCCGCCAGAGCCUCGAGCGCCUCGGCAGCGAGUCCAUGGACCUCUAUCAGAUCCACGGACCCGUGCACUUUCUCAACUCGAUUGAUUCCAUGGCCGGGGCGCUGGCCCAGUGCGUCGAGCUCGGCCUCACCCGGGCCGUGGGUGUGAGUAACUAUAGCAAGGACGAGAUGAUCAAGAUGGACGAGGCCCUCAAGAAGAGAGGCCUCCGACUUGCUAGCAAUCAAGUCGAGUUCUCCCUGCUGCGGACGCUGCCCGAGAAGAGCGGGCUACUAGACGAGUGCAAGAAGAGAGGAAUCGUGCUCAUGGCCUACAGUCCCCUUGGCAUGGGCCGUCUGACUGGCAAAUACACGGCAGAAAACCCGCCGCCUUCGGGGCGCAGAUUCAGCAACUAUCCCAUGACGCAGCUGAGCCCACUGCUCGACGCUCUGCACAAGGUCGCCAAGGCCCACGACGUCAAGCCCAGCGCCGUCGCCCUCAAGUGGGUGGUGCAAAAGGGCGCCAUCCCCCUCGGAGGCGUCAAGAACGCGACGCAGGCCGAAGAGAAUGCGCGCGCCGCCACGGACGAGUGGUUGCUCACGGAGCAGGAAAUGAGCGAGCUGGAAGAGCACUCGAUUGUCGGCACGACGAGCUCCUUGUGGCAGCACGGCUAA